CUUCCAGAUGAAUAAACAUUCAGCGUUUUCUUUCAAGCCUGAACCAAAGAAAAUAAACCCGCAGCCAUGGUUGAGUGGACCGAGCAGGAGCGCACCAUCAUCACUACCAUCUUCUCCAACCUGGACUAUGAAGAUGUGGGCCCCAAGGCUCUGGCCAGGUGCCUGAUCGUUUACCCCUGGACUCAGAGGUACUUCGCGAGCUUCGGAAACCUCUACAACGCUGAAGCCAUCAAGACCAACCCGAACAUCGCGGCCCACGGAACCAAGGUUCUGCACGGUCUGGACCGGGCCGUGAAGAACCUGGACAAUAUCAAGGCCACAUAUGCCGAGCUGAGCGUGCUGCACUCCGAGAAGCUGCACGUCGACCCCGACAACUUCAAGCUGCUGGCCGACUGUCUAACCAUCGUGAUCGCUGCCAAACUGGGUUCCGCCUUCACCCCAGAGACCCAGGCUGCCUUCCAGAAGUUCCUGGCUGUGGUGGUGUCCGCCCUGGGAAGACAGUACCACUAAACCCAGCAGCCUCCACACCCGGGGAGGACACCUGUUCACAUGUGUGUCCCCUCAGUGAAAUAAAAACCCUCUAAAAGCAAAA